AUGACGCAGGAUACACCUCAGACCAAUCUUCUUGACGAACCAGACGACCAGAUGGAUGCAGAUAGCCUCCAAGAUGGCAAUGAGAGGUCACCCACUCAAUUACAUGAGCGGGUUCCUGGUCAAGCUCGUCUCACCGACAGACACAACAAUGUCCAGCAGCUACUCGACACUCUCAACACUAGAGCUACUCAGCUAGAAAACCAACAUUAUCCAGUGCGACGAUCACAUCCUCAGCCACCGACUCCAGUUUCACGUACCAACCAUGUACCAACGAUCAACCGGGUGGAUGAUAUCGGUACCCUUCGAGUAGAUGUAUGGCCAGAUGGUCAUCGUACGAUACAGCUUUCUGGUAUCUACACCGAUGACAUGCGGUCUGGAGUUGUCAAUCCACUCGAUCGUGAGCAGCAUAGCGUCACACGUGCCAGCCGUGAUACGCAGCAGCAGGUCGAGCGUCCAUCGAUAGAUCAAGCACAUCCACACCUGUCUACUGAUCGAGCCACGGUUCAACGUCUAAAUCUACCUGCAUCCACAUCUGACCAACGACCCAGUUUCGCUCCGCGACAAGAGAAGGCUGUCAGAUCAUCACUGAAACCCGGGGAUAGAACAACAUCUGCAUCGGUUUCGGGAGCUGAAGACUUUCGACGGCAGCUUCAGGAACUACUAGCCUCCAACGAAGCCACGGGACACAGAGACAGCACUCCGCCAGGCGUGGGUGCAGACCCCACUCCUGUGAAAGACCUCCAAGCCAUGCCCAAGACCAAAUUCGUUGGUGAUAAGUCGUCGAAGAAUGGUCGCGAUACACCUAGUCAAUACAACCAAGGUGACAAGGGCUCAUCAGUCGUGAAAUACGACGCCGACGCCUCCAAUAUCACAGUGGCGCCAAGGAAACGUGUGUCUACUGUGUCCUCGGCGCCCACUGCGCCCACGAACGGCCACAAACGACGACGGGAAAGUCUCGCACCAGCUCCACCCUCAUCUAGCAACAUCGCCAAAGCUCAGGACGGCCGCAAACCACGCCAUGGGAGUUCAGUACCCGCUCCACCUUCAGCUAGCAGCAUUGCCCGAUCUCAGAAGACGAAGAAACCAGGCUAUGACAUACAGCAGGUGUCCAUGGACCAGACCUAUGACUUCAUGGAUGAUGCCAUCGCGCAAGGCGAAGCUGCAGCGCUCCUUAGUGACGGCCCACGUCGUCGUCACACGAGGAGCCACGGCGGCGAUCUGAUGUUGCCAAUCAACAGCCAGCAUAUCAAUGCUCUACUCAAAGGUCGAAGCACAAGUGUUUCGAAUGCCAGUCACGAGCACGACGACGACGAUGGAGACGUCAAUGCUGGUACCGCAACGAAGCCCACAGUCAAGGCCAAAGGCAAGGGCAAACUCAAGGCUACUGCCAAAGCUCGUCCCCAACCUCCACCCGCACCGCAACGCGCGACUCCAAGCAAGUUCACACCGGUCAAUCCCUUCCCAGGCCUAGCGAAGCCAUCACAGAAACCAACACCUCCCGCUCCUUCCACCACACCAGGCAUCAAACUGCCUUAUCUCGAAGACAAACUUGGCAAGCUUGGGUACCGAGAUCCCCCAGAUUCGCGUAGUAGCAGCCAUGACGACAGCGAAGUGGAGCGUGAUGUUGAGCAGAGCGAACGUCGUGUGCAGUUUGAGGAGGAGGGGUUGAUCAAGCGGAAGACGAAGGGGAGGCAUGGGUUACAUGCUGGUGGUCACGUUGGAGACGAUAGGCCUGCUGUGGGCGUGAGGAGGAAAGCAGGAAGAGACGACGAUGAGAAUGGCGUUGGUGGAGGUGCUGAGAGCGUAGCGAGUGCUAAGAGAAAGAGGGAGGGUGCUGAGGACGAGAUUGAGGAUGACGAAUAUGUGGAGGAGGAAGGUGAUCAGGAGGACGGCGAGAAAGGAGGAGAUGAUGAGAUGAGCGAAGACGAUGACAAUGAUGGUGACAGGAGCCCGCGCCGUGGGUCGCCUUCGAAGAGGGCCAGGACUGGUAAGAAGAGUUGA